CAUCGGUGCCGAGCAAGAUCGCAGAUCUCUGAUCGCCGCGCUGGGCCUGAAAAUUUUUCAAAAUUUUCACUUGCUGAUAUUUUUAGAAAGUUCUGAAAGCGGAAAGACCGAGCUGUGUGCGCUGUCUGGGAAUGGACUCCUGAAUAGAUUUUCGGCGACUGAACAGGAGGAAUCAUCAUCUUAGAAGGUGAACAAUUUGCAUAAGACUCGAGACACUUCGCUGGCGGAAUGUGCUCCACGUCGGUUCUGUGUCCCCUGUGCGCGGUGCCCAGUUUCGGCAGCAUUGACGCACUGCAGCAGCGGCUGAUCAAGGCGGCCAAUGGACCACUGGCCUGUCCCUUUGCCAACUGCAAGGAGCUGUUCCUGGGACUGGACAAGCUCACCAUCCACCUGUUCUCGCACACCAGUCUAAUGAGCCAGGAUCCACCUGCUGCCCACCCUGUUCUGGGUCUACCCGUUCCUCCCCUGGUCGCUGUAUCCGCUCCCAAGAGAAGGACCCGAAGAACAAGGACCAAGCCCGUUGUCGUGCCUCCUCCACCUGUACCCCCAACGCCUCCCGCCAGUUGUGACAUCUGCGAGUUUAGUUUUCGGAACACGGAGCUACGGGACAUGCACAUCAGGUUGGUGCACGAGAAUGCGGAACUGGAGCAAAAUCAGAUCCAGCGAAAGCAGGAGGAGCCGUUGCAGGAGCCGGAACAUCAGGAGCCCUACAAGUGUCACCUUUGCUCCAAGACAUUUCGCAUGAAGGGCUCGCUGCGAAUCCACCUGAAGGUGGUGCACAUGAUGGGCGUGCCCUGCCCCAGUUCCAGCCCCAUCACCACCACCAUAACCAUCAAUCCCUUGCCCAAGCUCAGCAUUUGCGAUCGCAUCCGGCACAAGGAGGCGGCGGCCACUGGCGGUAACAGUACUACAUCAUCGACUACUUCCCAGCCCUAUGCCUUAAGCGGAGCCAUGAGCAUGCUCAAGCAAUCACCCGAAUCACCGGAUGCAGGCAAUGCCACGCCAAAGUUGUGGGAGUGCGACGUCUGCACCAAGUCCUUCACCACCAAAUACUUCCUGAAGAAGCAUAAGCGGCUCCACACCGGCGAGAUGCCAUACACCUGCGAAAUAUGCGCCAGGACAUUCACUUUCCAGCAGUCGUAUCACAAGCAUUUGCUCUACCACAGUGAGGUGAAGCCUCACGUCUGUGGGGUUUGUGGACGGGCCUUCAAGGAGCUCUCCACCCUGCACAACCAUCAGCGGAUCCACAGCGGCGAGAAGCCCUUCAAGUGCGAGGUGUGCGGAAAGUGCUUUCGACAGCGUGUGUCCUUCCUAGUCCACACCCGCAUCCACACGGGUGUGAUGCCCUAUAAGUGCGAUCUCUGCCAGAAGACGUUUCGCUACAAGGUGAGCCAACGCACCCACCGAUGCGCCGCCGAUGACACCCAAACCCCGGAGCAGCUAAUCAAGGCCUUCCUGGAGGGUAGCAACUCACCCACACAGCCCUCGCCGGCUAGCGCUGAGAUUGCGGCCAUCACCAAUGGCUCGAUGGCGGAUCCAGAGCAAGAAGCACUGCUCUCCCAGAGCAUCGACGACAUUGUGGUGGAGCAGUGUCAGAAGUUGGGCAUUUGUGGCGUUGAACCGGCGGAGAAUCAAGCUAUUCUCCUACCCCUGGAGCCAGCUGCCGUCGUGCAGUUCAAUGGCAACAGUUCCCCAUUGCAGCAGCUCCAGAACUUGAGGCUCUACUCGCCACAACAGCAGACGGAGCUGCCCAGCUCAGAUGGCGAGGUCUUUCAGCGCUUCCUGAUGGACGCCACGUAG